AUGUGGUUUGCACUGCAACUUUCUCUUGUUUUGGUUUCUUUAAGUUUUCCCAAAUGGGUCUGCACAUCAAAGCUAAAAAAUUAUUUAGAUCUUGACUUGCGGCUUAUGACACAACUGAAAAGCUAUUCUGAGGACCUUCAGGGCCAAAUAGACGUGUUGAACAAUUAUAUAGAUGAAAGAAGAGCCAAGCUAUCUGAGGCUGAGAACGAUAGCGAAAGCUUCUUAGGAAAUCCUUUUAAUAGCUACUCGUUACUUCACCAUAUGCACUUUGAUUGGCAGUCUUGGCGAAUGAUCAUGGAGGAGCCCUUGGCUGAAGAGCAAAUCGACGAGAUUCGUGACAUGCUCAUCCACAUCCCAACAAAAGGUGAAUUCAUGAAUUCCAUUAAAGGAGCUAUAGACUUUCAGAAUGGAGAAAACCCCAAAUCAAUAAAAUUCAGUCCACUGGAAACCUUGGAAAUCGCUCAGUACGUAUACGAUCAAGAGAAAUUUGAACAGGCAGAAAUGUGGCUAAAUCGUACUCUCAAGGGCUAUAAAGAGUUUGGUCCCCAACAAAAGAAGCUGUAUGAAGUAAUAAGCCCUGUCAGUGAGAGCCAGGUGCAGGAUCUUUAUGAAAAAGUUGUGAAACUAGGAAAAAGUGUUGCUUCUGAGACUCAAGAAAAAAAUAAAGAUGAUCGUAUCUUUAAAUUUACAAAUCUCUGGCAGCUUAAUGUAAAUUUGGUGGACCACUUAGACAACUAUUUAAGAGCUCUAGAUACAAAAUUACAAAUAAUCAAUGAAGCUCUUGUCGACAUGGCAACGGAUCAUAUUCAGCACGAAUCAGAUAACAUGAGUAUUGUGUCUAGUCCUGUGGGUAGUUUUUCGUUAAUUCGUCACAUGCAAUCGGACUGGACUUAUUGGCAGCUUUUCCUGCAGGAGGUUCCAGGAAAAGACGAACUGGAAUCUCUAAUUUCAAAAAAUUCGUAUUUACCAAAAAAAGACACCUCGGAAGUCUGCAAGGAUAUUUUCAGUAUUUUGAAAGCGUAUGAUUUACAUUCCCAGGACUUUGCAAGAAGUUUUCUUUCAGGAGUUCCGCUCAACUCCAUGUUGUCUCCUCGCGAUUGCCUGCAGUUGGCAGAUCAUAGCAUAACUAAUAAAGAUUUCAAUAUGGCAGUGCAGUGGCUACAGGUUGCUAUUUCCAUGCUGGAUAAUCAAAGCAAUCAAGAUCGAAUCCACCCGCUUUUUCAUUUAAAUACUGCUGAUUUACACUUAAAACUAGCUGAAGUCUAUGUGCAGCAAUCUUUGUGGCCUCUUGCUCUUGAAACUUUGGAGACAGCUUUGAAGUCACAGCCUUGGAAUGCAAAACAACUCAGAAUGCAAAAGCAUUUAAAUUCUCAGAUUUUACUCGAUCCCCCAUCAUCAUCUUACAACCAAUAUAAGUUGCAAGGAAAGAGACGACUUUAUUGUUUUUAUCAACGCAAGAAAGAAUAUCCCUUUUUAUUUCAUGCUCCCCUUAAGGCAGAGAUUAUCUUACUCAAUCCAUUAAUUGUGCUAAGCAAGUAA